UGCUCGCGCGCGCGUGUGCCGCUGCCCCCGGCAGCAAUAAAUAAGCCUACCUCCGUGUUCCCAUCCCUCCUCCUCCUCUCUCUCUCUCUCCGUUUCGCUCGCAGGCCGCAACCUUCCCUCCUCGCCUCGUCACCAGGUGGGACGGGACGGGACGGGACGGGGUCCGCCUUGACUUUUCGCGUCGCGUUUGAGUGCUCCAUCUGCAAGCUGUGCGAGGGGGAGGGAAGGGAAUCUCGCUUGCUUGUGGCGGCGGCGGCGGCGGCGUUGAUUUCGUUGGGCGUUGCGUGUGGAGGACGGGGUUCUGUGUGUGUGUGUUGGUGCUGAUUUGAGGCAUUGGUGGAGGAUGGGGAACUGCGUGACGAGGGGCGGGACGGCGGUGGAGGCGGGGGGUGGGGAGGAUGGGAAGAGGCGGAGGAGGAGGUGGAAGGCGCCGCGGGAGGAUCAGCUGGGGAUGGUGCCCGGCCGGAUCUUCUCCAACGACGGGCGCAGCCGGACGGCGACGGUGUACACGCAGCAGGGGCGGAAGGGGAUCAACCAGGAUGCCAUGCUCGUCUGGGAUGGGUUCGGCGGCGAGGACGACGGCGUGCUGUGCGGGGUGUUCGACGGGCACGGGCCGCACGGGCACGUCGUGGCGCGCAGGGUCCGCGACUCGCUGCCGCUGAGGCUCAUGUCGGCCGCGCGCGCCAACGGGGUGGACAUGCCGGCUGCCGCCUGGAGGAAGGCCUUCGCACGCGCCUACAAGGCCAUGGACAAGGACCUCCGCUCGCACCCUUCCCUCGACUGCUUCUGCAGCGGGAGCACCGCCGUCACCGUCCUCAAGCUCGGCUCGGAUCUCUACAUGGCCAACAUUGGGGACUCGCGCGCCGUGCUCGGCUCCAGGGAGGCGACCGGCAGCGGCAUGGUCGCCGUGCAGCUCACCGUUGAUCUCAAGCCGGAUGUCCCUAGCGAGGCAGAGCGGAUCAAGAAGUGCAGGGGCAGGGUGUUUGCUCUACAGGACGAGCCGGAAGUGCCAAGGGUCUGGUUGCCGUUCGACGACGCACCAGGCCUGGCGAUGGCGCGAGCGUUCGGGGACUUCUGCCUGAAAGAUUACGGGGUCAUCUCGGUGCCGGAGUUCUUCCAUUGGUCUCUCACAGAAAAGGACCAGUUCGUCAUUCUUGCGUCGGAUGGGGUAUGGGAUGUCCUCAGUAAUCAGGAGGCUGUUGACAUAGUGUCCUCAUGCCCAAGUAGAUCAAAGGCUGCAAAGUCCCUUGUCGAGGCUGCCACUCGGGAAUGGAAAACCAAAUAUCCAACAUCCAAAAUCGACGAUUGCGCAGUUGUUUGCUUGUAUUUGGAUGGAAAAAUGGACCAUGAGCGUGAUUCAACUGCCUCAUUGGACAACAUCAGUAUUGAUGAUGGUUCAGUUGCAGAUCCUAAUGAACCACAGGAGCAGGAACCCACCUUAACUCGGAAUUUCACAGUUAGGACAGUUGCAGGCAGCGCGCAAGAGAAGAACUUAGCAGGGGCUGGUGUAGCGAGUGACCACAAUUGGUCAGGCCUAGAUGGAGUUACUCGGGUAAACUCACUUGUGCAGCUUCCCAGGUUUUCUGAGGAGAGGGCAAUUGGCUGAGCUGCUGAUCUUUUUCUCCCCGUUAUUUUUCACCUAUUGCUCUGAAAUUUAGCGUAGUGUUCUAGAGAAAGGUAGAUGUGGGACAAUCUUGUGAUUUGUUGCGGUGCUUGGCAAGCGUCUCAGCCACUAUGCUUAGAAAGUCAAGUUGUACGUUUUAGCCCAACAAAACUGCACAUUGCAUACCUCGAUGAUGAAAUACAAAAGGGCAGGUCAUUGCCCCAAAUCUGCAGUUUUGCUGGGUUAAAACGAACAGCUGACGAUCCAAGACAGUGGCCAAACGCACGCCAGGUCCCGGUAACUCCUGAGAUGAUACUGUCGGGUGACCUGUAAAUUCUCCACCGGCGCUUGCUUGGCUUUUGUAGAGAGAUGUGAUGUCCAGACUUUUUUUUUUCCGCUG